AUGGCCAGUGAAUGUAAAAACCAACGAAACUGUUCUACGUGUGGGGGUAAGCACCAUACUCUACUGCAUUUGGAAAAAACCGAACCGAACGUUACCACGACCCAUUUAACCGUUGCGGCUGCAGAAACAAAAGGUUAUCAUACGUCCGUUUUAUUAGCGACAGCCUCUGUAGUUCUGCAAAACAAAAAUGGUCAAUCGGUUACAGUAAGAGCACUACUUGACAGCGCAAGUCAAAGUAGCUUUGUCACUGAACGUUGUGUCCAGCUUUUAGGCUUAAAAAGAGAAAAGUGUGAUGUAACCGUUCAAGCGUUGUCCGGAGCUGAAGUCCCAGCGGUAAGAGGAAGAGCUAAUGUCGAAGUACGACCGGUCGACCAACAAAGUCCCAUGUUCAGCAUUGACGUUUUAAUUCUAACGCGUAUUACUGGACCAGUUCCGUCGAAAAGAGUGUGGAAUCAUUCAUGGCCACACAUCAAAGGUUUGAAGUUAGCCGAUCCAUCGUUUGCCGAAGCGUUACCAGUUGAUGUCUUGCUCGGCGCUGAUGUCUUUCCACAGCUUCUCUUAGGCGACAAGGAAGAAGGUGAGGUAGAUGAACCGAUAGCGCUAUCUACGGUGUUUGGCUGGGUUUUGAUGGGUAAAACGACCAACGGUCCAAAACAACAAAUUAUCACCUUAUGUUCGUCUGAAUCCGUAAAUCAUACGUUACAACAAUUUUUCGAGAUCGAAGAAGUUCCAAAAGUUGAGAAAAAUAACCCAGCCGAUUUAGAGUGUGAGCAAAUUUAUCAAACAACCACAACACGACAACAAGAUGGACGAUACAUAGUGCAUCUUCCGUUCACACGAAAUCCCCCUCUACUUGGGAAAUCCAGAGACGUAGCGCUGCAUCGCUUACGAAGUUUGGAAAAUAAGUUCAAAAAAUCACCAGAACUUCAUAAAGAGUACAAUAUGGCAAUGUAUGACUACUUAGAAACAGGUCACAUGUCCGCUGUAGUGAAAAAAUCCGACGGUGAAGAAAAUAUGUAUUAUAUCCCACACCAAGCUGUAUUACGUCCGGAAAGUACUACUACUAAAUUGCGGGUCGUGUUUGAUGCGUCCGCAAAAACUUCUUCGGGUCACUCAUUGAACGACAAUCUUUAUUGCGGUCAAAGAUUACAGCAGGACUUACCGGGAAUUGUUUUACGUUUCCGACUUCAUUCUGUUGUUUUUACCGCUGACGUAAAACAAAUGUUCAGACAAAUUGUUGUGACCGAAGCUCACCGACCGUACCAACGCUUGCUUUACCGGUUCUCUUUGGAUGAACCAGUUCAAGAAUAUCAAAUGAACACGGUAACUUUUGGACAAAAGUCAUCUCCAUUUCUCGCCAUCCGCACUCUGCAUCAGUUGGCAACUGAUGAAGCAGUAAAUGAACCACUUGUACAAACAGUUGUUAAACGUGAUUUGUAUGUAGAUGACAUAGCAACCGGAGCCGAAAGCGAAGAAGCUGCAAUAGAUCUGCAGAAAAAACUCGAAAACACGUUUGCAAAAGGUCACUUUGAGUUACGCAAAUGGUCAAGUAAUUCCGACAAAUUACUGAGUAACAUUCCACUCGAUCACCAACAAACACUACCAGUGACGUUUGAAGAACAUGAGUUGACAUAUACCAAAGUCUUGGGACUAAAUUGGGAUCCGAAGGUUGAUUCACUAAGCUACAAAUAUCAACCCAAUCCGGUUAAAUACAGCAAGCGAGCUAUUUUAUCCGAGAUCGCUAGAAUCUAUGACCCUCUAGGUCUAUUGGCACCAGUAACCACGGUUCUAAAACGUUUGAUAAAAUAUCUAUGGGUCUUGAAAGUUGACUGGGAUGACAUUAUACCCGAAGAUGCUAAAUAUGCGUGGCAGCAAUAUCAUCAAGAGUUACCAAUCCUGGCAACCUUGCGUGUAUCCCGAUUAGUAACCAGUCCAAACGCACUCUAUGAACUACACGGUUUCAGCGAUAGUUCGGAAGCCGCGUACGCAGCAGUAGUGUAUUUGCGGGUAUGUACAAGUGAUAGAAUAGGUUGUCAUCUCUUAAUGGGUAAGGCAAAAAUUUCUCCAACCACAAAAAUGUCCAUCCCGCGGUUAGAGCUGUGCGGUGCGUGGUUAUUAGCACACCUUUUGGAUUACGUCUCCAAAAACCUAAAAUCUUUAUCCAUUGGCACCGUAACCGCCUGGACCGAUUCCACUGUUGCGCUGGCAUGGAUUAAAUCCCCUACUAGUAGGUUAAAAACGUUUGUUGCCAACCGAGUCGCCCAGAUUCAGCUGUUGACUAAAGGGUACACGUGGCGUCACGUUCCAACCGAGGAGAACCCUGCUGAUUGCGCUUCACGGGGUCUAAGUCCUCAACAACUUACUAACCAUGACUUAUGGUGGAAAGGUCCUACAUUUUUGUGUCAACCUAAAAAUACUUGGCCAGCUCAAAACGCUGACAGUCCAGACAGCCGUUUGGAAGAAGAGGCGGAAGAGAAGCCAAUCACGCUUAUAUCUCAGGUAAAAGAAGAAGAGAGCCGCCUUUUAUAUCAAUCUGAUAAUCUGCAAAAAAUUUUGAGACUUACGGCUUACUGGUUGCGUGUUGGAGAUCAUUUAUUGGGAAAACCUUCGGCUUGUAUUUUCCCUCCGACAGUGGCCGAAACCGAGAGAUCUUUACGAUCGUUAAUACGAUGGACGCAGCGAGUAUUUUUUGCAGACAUCAAAAAAGCUAUUGCUACAGACAAACAAGUACCUGCAUCCGUACAGGAAGAAACAGUAGCAGACAUGGGUGGCCGCACACACGGCGAUCCAGUUGAGGGAGCAGGCCCGAAAACUGUGGAAAGCUGCCACGGCGCUGGAGGGUCGACGGACCAGGGAGACCCUGGAGGACUGGACCCCGGAACGCAUCCGGAGAGCGGAGCUCUGGGAGCUGAGGGCCAACGAGGUGGUGUGGGCGGCCUAUGA